AUGGUUCGUAGCAGUCUCUUGCUGCCGCUCCUCGCGGCGGCUUCCGCCGUUCAGGGAAAGACGCACUCCCCCAAGACCGUCCCCGGUGCCUUCAUCGUCGAGUUGGAGGACGGACAGGAUGCCUCCGACUUCUACGCCGAGGCGAACGUCGACGCCAUCACCCGCCUGAACCUGACUUACUCUCUGUUCAAGGGUGCCUCGAUCCGCUUCAAGAACCUCGACACGGCCGACGAGAAGGCCGCCAAGCUGGCCCAGCUUCCCUCCGUCAAGGCCAUGUACCCCGUCCGAACCUACAGAAUCCCCCAGCCGGAGAUCGUAUGGACGGGCCAGCAGGGACGCGACUAUAUCGACUUGAGAAAGCGACAGGAGGGUAACGACACGUUCAGCACGCACGUCAUGACUGGCGUUGACAAGCUUCACGCUGAUGGUGUCACUGGCAAGGGUCUCAAGGUCGCCGUCAUUGACACUGGCAUUGACUACCUUCACCCUGCCCUUGGCGGCUGCUUUGGCUCCGACUGCUUGGUGAGCUACGGAACCGACUUCGUCGGUGACGCUUACGAUGGCUACAAUGAGCACUUCCCGGACCCGGAUCCCAUGGACUGUGGUGGUCACGGAACCCACGUUGCUGGCAUCAUUGCCGCUCAGACCAACCCCUUCGGUUUCACCGGUACUGCUCCUGGUGUUACUCUUGGCGCCUACAAGGUUUUUGGCUGCGAGGGUGAAGUCUCCAACGACGUCCUGAUCGCCGCUUACAACAAGGCCUACGAGGAUGGUAGCGACAUCAUCACUGCCUCCAUCGGAGGUCCCUCCGGUUGGACUGACGAGCCUUGGGCCGCCACUGUCUCCAGAAUCGUGGAGGCCGGUGUUCCUUGCACCGUCUCUGCCGGUAACUCUGGUGACCAGGGUAUCUUCUUCGCUUCUACCGCCGCCAGCGGUAAGCGCGUCACUGCCAUCGCCUCUUUCGACAACGUCAUCACCCCUGCCGUGCUGAUCGAGCAGUCCUACACCAUCGGCGACGGCGAGCCCCAGAACUUCACCUACACUCCCGGUGAGCCCGAUGCUUGGGCCGGUGUUUCUCUCCCCCUUUGGACCGUCAGCACCGACUCUAGCUCCACUGCGGCCCUCGGCUGCGACCCUUACCCCGCCGACACCCCUGACCUGAGCGGCAAGAUCGUCCUCGUCAAGCGUGGAACUUGCACUUUCGUCGCCAAGGCCCAGAACGCUGCUGCUAAGGGUGCGAAGUACCUCAUGCUGUACAACAACGCCCCCGGUGCUGGUUCCGUUACUGUCACGUCCGUUCCCGAGAUCCUGGCCGUUGGCAUGACCACUCCUGAGCAGGCCGCUCCUUGGCUCGAGGCUCUGGCUGCCGGAACUGAGGUUACUCUGCACAUGACCGACCCUAAGGAGGCCGAGCAGAUUCUCACCGAAGCUGCCAACACCGCUACCGGUGGCUCUGUCUCCAGCUUCAGCUCCUGGGGCCCUAACUGGGAUGGUCUCCAGAAGCCGCAGUUUGGUGCCGUUGGAGGUAACGUUCUCAGCACUUACCCUCGCGCCCUUGGCAGCUACGCUGUCCUCUCCGGUACCUCCAUGUCCUGCCCCCAGACUGCCGGUAUUGUUGCCCUGAUCGGUGAGGUCCGCAAGACCCUCGACCCCGCCACCAUUGAGAACGUUCUCUCUGCCCACGCCAACCCCGUCAAGUUCAACUACGGCACCGGCCCCGAUGAGCUUCUCGCCCCUGUUCCCCAGCAGGGAGCUGGUCUCGUCCAGGCCUACGAUGCCGCUCACUCCUCGGUCAUUCUUAGCGCCUCCAGCCUUUCAUUCAACGACACCGACAACUUCAUUCCCGAGCUGAACUUCACCAUCAAGAACACCGGCUCCGCGGAAGUUACCUACGAGCUGAGCAACAUCGGCGCCGCCACCGCCUACACCUUCGCUGCCGCCGGCGACCUUUUCCCCGCCGCGUUCCCCAACGAGCUCACCGCCGAGUACGCUACUCUGGGCUUCAGCGAGUCCAAGGUCUCCGUCCUUGCUGGCGGUGAGGCCACCGUCCUCGUCACCCCUACUCCUCCCGCCGGCCUCGUCGCCGAGCGUCUCCCCGUCUGGUCCGGCUACAUCGCCCUUAACGGAACCGAUGGCUCCAGCAUCAUCCUGCCCUACCAGGGUAUCGGUGGCAGCCUCCACAGCCAUGUCACCCUCGACCAGGCCCUCAUGACCACCUCCGUGAGCGCCAAGGCCGAGGAGUACGAGGAGGUUCCCUCCAACUACACCUACAUCCUCCCUCCCCCUGGAACCGCCAACGAAACCGAUGCCGUGAUCCCCGCCCUUGCGGUCAACAUGGCCUUCGGCUCCUCCUUCGUUCGCGCCGACCUUGUUCCCCUCACCAGCUGCCCUCCCAACAUCACCAAGGAGGUCUUCGGCACCAAGACCAUCGGCCAGCCCCGAUCCUUCCCUUACCUCUACGUCUCGCGCGGCGUCUUCUCCGUCAACUGGGACGGUCAGCUUGACGACGGCACAUACGCCCCUGCUGGCAAGUACAAGUUCGCCGUCAAGGCCCUCCGCGUCUUUGGUGAUGCUUCCAAGCUUGAGGAGUACGAUACCACCGAGACCAACCCCUUCCGCAUCGUGUACGGUGGAGUCAACGAGACUGCUCCUGCCAGGCGGAUGUUGUAA